UUGGCUCCCUCCGCUGAGCGGCUGUUCCCGUCGCCGAAGCCGAAGUCCUCCGACUCUCGAAUGCCGCUCUGUCGCCGCCGUUCGCAGUUCCUCCGGCCUUCCAUGCGUUUAGUAUGACGCCGACAAUCGGACCGCCUGCACCUGUCGCGCUGUCUCCUCGCGGAAAAACCACAUUCAGGAACGAGUCGUGGAUUAUUCUGUCCAUCGCUGGCUGGUGUCGUUUCUUCGAUUUUCCCAGGAUCCAGUUUUAUUCCUGGAUUUCAAUCGAGACCGAGUCGGAAUUCCGGGUGGCUUGAGGUACACUUACUUUUGGGAAAAUACCAAUCGGACGGAAAUUUUCGGUGUGCAUUUUCGCAUUCCCAGUUACAAGUGAAUUUCACGUGUGCUUAUACAGUGAUAAAGUUUUAGAUUCAAUACAUUAAUAUACAUACAUACGUACAAGUAGAAGUACGAAACUUUGGCAAAUUUAUAUGACCGUUUAUUGUAAGAAGAGUUUAUCACUGUCGAAGAGUGCAGCGACAUGUCGCUUUACCAGCUUGGAUAUUAAACACUUUGACUGGACCCAUUAUGCCGCCACCUAAUCCUUGGACCCGCUAGCUCGAGGCGCUAGGAUGGCCUCGAUGCUGGGGGAUGGUUCGACUCAUGGUGGUCCAGGACCGGCGCGGUGUCUCCUGCUCCUCCAGAGGAGUCUUGCAAUCCAGUUGUCCAGGGGACCACCACCUCCAGUUCUCAAUGCGGCACAUCACGAGAGUCACAGAGACAGGCACAAUGACCAUCCGGCCGACGAAAUGUGGAUGUACGACAAGGGGUACAAUCUGUUCCAGAGCUUCUUGGAAGCGAACUCCAAGUGCUGGUGGAACGCAGCCCUGGUCGACGCAGCGCGUCAGCUUCGGUAUAAGGGCCACGUAUCCCCGGGGGUGCUCGUCGUGGGAGGGCCUCCCUGCGCUCUCGAAGUACUCCGGGCUGCUUGGGCUCGCAACGUUCUACGGCCGCCCGCUGAUCACGCUAUAACUUGCCUUGGUGAUAUCGAGGACUGCCUAGUCGCGCCCGUGUCGCAGGGCCAAUUCACGCCCCUUCCCGAAGCCCUCUGCUGGGCUAUCCUCGAGCUGACGUCCCAGCGGCAGGCGGCUACCCUGGACACCCUUAGGGCAGCCCUAAGAAACGCGUUCCCGGCGAUGCAGCGGCCAGGACGCGAUCUCGUCUACGACGCGCUGGCCAAGCUGAUGCAGGAGAGGAAAAUCUAUCACACUUCUCAGGGCUACUUUGUCGUCACCCCCGAGACCAGGCGGCUCAGGCGGGACUCCGGGAGUUCCAGAAGGAACUCCAGGGAAGUUCACGGUUCCAGAGGACAAGGCGGGAUGCUAAUGAGCAACGACGAAGCUAUGGCGCUGGUUCACGGCGAGAUGCUGACCUUGAGAGACGGUGACGUCACCCACCAGGCCGUGCAGACGAAUUUGGCAGACGUAAUCUGUGGAGGAAAUCCUAACGACAAGGUCCUCUUCGCCAGAUGUCGAUCUGUUCCUGGACGCUUGGAGCGAAGGCAUUCUCUGCGUCUCUGGGGGUCCGCCAGACGCCUUCACAGGAGUGGCAGUUCUCGAUCCUUGCCGCGAAGACCAGACAGAAGCGACACCUCCUCGAGUGCUGAAUAUGCCAGUACAGACAGCACCCCUCACAGUCCUACGAGCUUCUCAAACAUAUUUUCAGAGAAAAUUGGACUACUGUCGAGACUCUUUCGACGCAGCUCACGCAGGAAGGGCAGUCCGCUUAUGGGAACCUUCAGUGCCCAGUAUCCACCGACGGAGUGGUUUAACCCUCGUGUUGUUCAUCUGCACAGCGUCGCUACCCAAACUAGGGCAGCUAGUCCUUCGAUGCUGGAAGGUUUGGACCAGUCUCAGGCCAGUUUUCAAGUCUGGGAUGACUCCAGCUCUGCCAGAUCAGCGACGCUUCCAAGGCGCCAUCGGCGCCAAGCUAGCGGUGACUCGUCCAGCCUGCUCGCAAACUCGACACCCAGAAGUUCGAGGCGUCAUCGAUCACCUUGUUCGACUUUGCCAAGAUCGAAGUGUUCCAGCCUGAGUCGAUGCACGUCGAGAGCGUCGGUCCUACCACCGAGUGGGGCGCAGGACAUUUACCAGAACCGAGGCCAAACGCAGACGGGAAAACAUUCGGCGAACUCAUCGCCAAGCAGAAGUGGCGGAAGUUCCGGUUCAGUCAGAGCCUCAAAUGGAAGCCCUGGGAAAACUGGUACUCUUGGUAGAUCGAGCACUCGUCACAGCUCCCGACGACCCAGCCACGACUCAACUGGAAGUGGCACGAAGUCGUUAAAUAGUUCUCCACAGCAUAAGGUGCUCCAAAAGACUUCGUCGAGUCACUCGACGCACUCUAGUGGAAAGUCAACAUCAAGCGGUAAGCUUUCAUCUUCGCCAAUGAAGAGUUCGACACUCCCGGCAAAGUCGUCACCUCUCAAGAUCAUUCAGCAGGGAGCUCUCACACCGUUGCAAGAGGCGCAGAAUUCGAUUACACUUCAGGUAUCGACAAAUCUGAGUCCAACAAGUCCACCCCAGGAACGGGUCCAGAGCAGCGUCACGUUGGCUUCGAAUGCUACUACGACGACAACGAUAUCUGGGGCACCAGGCACCAAGAUUUACGUGCAUCAAAACAACUCGCCAAUGAGGUCGGUCAUCACUUUUGAGAACGGACUGAAAAAGAGUAACGCUGGCAAAGAGUCAACCUCAGCGAAGGAUAAGCAGGAGAAGGAAAUGGUUGGCGAGAAGUUCUACAAGCCGACAAUCGUGAAAAUGGGAGAGGAAAAGUUAUACAAAACCAAGAUCGCCGAGGACUUGCAGUUCAAGCCGGUCAAACUGGAGAGACCAACCUCCCUUUAUGGCGGUAAGGAGGUCAGGUUAGUGUCUGAAUCCGACAAGGAAAACAAGCCGAAAGUCGAUGAGGAUCCACCAAACAAACUGAAACUAACGAAUCAUCUUAACAACAGCCAGGCUCAUUUAAUCGACGGUUCAUCUCAUAUUGAAAAAAUCUCACUGGUUCACCCAAACGAAAACCCGCCCUCCACAAUACCGACUUCUAAGAACACGAACGACGCGAUGAACAACUCUAGGAAAUUGAGUCUCUCUCUGUCGAAGGACGCACUCAGCUACAGAAAUUUACUGCGACCAGGCUCCAAGAGCAACUUGGCCUCGAACCCUCCGUCACCCACAAAGUCCUUCGACGGCUUCGGCGGUUCGUUCAACAACGUUUACAUCGAAAAUUUGGAGUCUUCCAAACAGCGCGUACCACAAGGUUCUGAACCCAAUUUAAAGAAAUCACCAAGUCGCGGUGACCUUUAUCCGUAUCCGAGCUUGAGCGACCUGCAGGUACAGUUCACCAGUUUAGCUGCCCAGAAAAUUCUCAAGGGUUGCUCAAUCAACAGCGUCGACACCUUGGUCGAGGUGAACAUGGCGGCUGCGGAGAAGCCAAACAACUGCGAUCUACCGAUUCACACGGAUUUUGGUUUAGUGUAAAGACGCCGGCCAGGUUUUAUAGCCGAGGAACUAGUUUCUUCUCCCUUUUGUUUUUGUUUUGAUACUAUAUACUUGCAACAACGGGUGAGGAAUGUUUUAUAACUUUCUUGUCGUAUGAAAUUGGAAUGGCGU